CCCACACACACACCCACACAUACAUACACACACACACACACACAAGAAAAAGCCGACGACGACGACGAUGAUGCCACCUCCGCAGCGUAAAAGUGGCAGGAGGCGUGUGUGCAUAGGGUGGGUGUGGUGCCUGCGCGUGGUAUGCAGAUGUACUCAUAUGGUGGACAUUGCGAUAAUGUCCAUCCUCAUGUCCGCCUGUUGCCGACCUGGACUCGAGUCGACCCUUAACCUGUCCGAAACCGUACGACCCUCACUUACCACCGGUUUCAACACCUUCAAGAAGCUCCAUUCCGCCGUUUCACCCACGACCUGGGAGACGUCCGUGAGCUUCCGCUCCGUCCACACAUGCCGGAGGAGAGCUCUGGAGCUAUGGAGCUCUGGAGCUCUAGAGCUACGUGGACAUGCAUAUCUUGUCUUGUCUCGUCUUGGCGCUCGUCGACAUCAGAAAAAUGCUAGGUAUACCUGCGUGCCACACGGAUAUCUCCAGACACCUGUGCACAUAUCCAACGGCAUCUAAUGCACACACAUAACCUACCUACCUACCUACCUACCUAGACCGGAUGUGCGGGCAUAUAGGCACAUGCACAGUAUGGUAAGAUGUACGUGGACGGAUGGAAUCGGAUAGCCGGCCUCGACGACAACCACGGCGAGAGAGAGAGAGAGAUCCAGACACAGCACAGCGGGUGCGGGCUAGCGAUUUCUCGCUACGGCUACCACGUACACGGUUAGCUGGCUGAACCCCAGGUCGCGGUCGGCUCGAGUCCAGACACGAUCGCGUGUGCGUUCGCCUUCCCGGGUCUGGAAAUUCGUCAGGUUUCACCCUGUCCCGGCC